CGUUUGCUUACUUUGGAGAUCAAUCAACAUGACUACAACGAAUGGAACCAACGGUAACAUGCCGCAGAAGACUCGUGAGGAGAGUAACCAUCACAUGGAGUCGUCUAUCUGGAACGAUGUAAAGUUCAGACCUGAUGAUAUCAUCAUCACGACGUACGCCAAGUCAGGCACAACUUGGGUUCAACAGAUCGUCUCGCAGCUGAUUCAUCAAGGCGACCCAACAGUCCCCGCAGGCGCUCUCUCACCAUGGGUCGAUAUGCGUAUCGUCCCCAAGGAAGCAAUGCUUGGCCUAAUCGAGUCCCAAACGCACCGUCGCUUCCUCAAGACACAUCUCCCUCUUGAUGCUCUUGUCUGGAACCCCCAAGUCAAGUAUAUCUUCAUCGCGCGCGAUGGCCGUGAUAUGGUCUGGAGUAUACAUCAUCAUAUGUAUCGCGCUACAGAUACUUUCUACAGCUUCUUUGAGAACACAGGUUAUGAGGGUCAACCUCCUGUACGACCAAGUGAGAACCCCAAAGACAUUUUCGAUCAGCUUGUCAAGGACGACAUGCCAAGUUCCAUCGGUUGGCCUUUUUGGAGUCAUAUUCGUGGAUGGUGGGAGCAUCGUGAUCAGCCCAACUUGCUUCUCGUGCAUUUCAAUGACCUCAAGGCGGAUCUUGAGGGAGGCAUCAAGCGGAUUGCAAAGUUCCUUGAGAUUCCUGACAUGCCAGAGGAUAAGUUCAAAGAUGUUGUUGAGCAUUCUACGUUUGAUUGGAUGAAGGAACAUGCGCAUCUUGCGUCGCCGCCUCAGGCUGAGGUUGCUUGGGCGAAUGGUGCGAAGGACUUUGUCUACAAGGGAACGAACUGCCGAUGGAAGGAUAUUUUGUCUGAGGAGGAUUGUAAGGCGUAUGAGGAGAGGGCGAAGAAGGAGCUUGGUGAGGAGUGUGCUAACUGGCUUCAACAUGGAGGAUGGCUGAAAUAAUGAAUAAUUACGAGAGGUCGUAAUGAAAGGAGGUUACAUGAUCGCCAC